AUGGCCCGAGGUAGAGGCAGACAACCGACACAGCAGCCAGCACCUCCUCGUACAGGUGGCCGUAGAGCAGCACCAGUCAACUUUCGUGAAGAUCCCGGUUCUGGAGAAGAGUUCGACUUCACCGGCGUGGACGAACAUUCUCCCGAUGGAGAUCCUGUAGCUGGCUCUGCUACCUCCACUCGACGUGCAACGCCUUUGGAGCAACCCUCAGAAUCUUCACGGAGCCGAACGGCCCCUGAUAUCGAUUAUUUCUAUAUACGUGGAUCGAAGGUUGCCCCAGUGACCAGAACUCUAUGCAAGACAUGCAAGGCGAAUGGGAUAGACUUACGCCAGGGUGCAGGUAGUUUCUCAGUGUCCACCUCAAAUAACCCAUUGCGCAACCACCUCCUAAGCCGCCACAAGGAUAUUUAUCUCCAGAAGUGUCGUGAAAUGCGAUGGAAAGUCCCUGCACUCAAGAGCGAAACUGGAACACCCCCUGCGUCCGGACGUGGAACGCAACGUUCUCCCUUUUCCCAGAACGCAUUUUUACAGUAUCUUCUGAACUUCAUCGUUGCGAAUGAUCAGUCUAUAUACGUCGUUGAAUGCCCAGAAUUUCGACAGCUCCUCUUGCUUUUACGUGAGGACCUCGAGGACAAAGACAUUCCCCACCGAACAAUGAUGCGCAAACUUAUUAUCAAGGCAUGGGAGGCGUAUUUCAAGGUCCUAAAACAGGAAUUAGCAGGAGGCCAUUGGACCCUUGAUAACUGCUCGCUCAACGAUGCCUUCCUCAAAGAACUUGAGAUACUUCUACGCCCUCGCGAAGUUGAGUUCAAUCACAAGGAAAAUCAUAUACGAUGUUUCCCACACAUUACCAACAUAUGUUCAACUCAUGUCAUCGAAGCCUUUACUAACAUCGCCCUGGUAGAUGAUACAGGGGGAUUCAUCGCAUCCGCAUCAGGCCCUCCAAGUGAUCCUGAUAAUCAGACUUAUGAAGAAGCGGUUGUUCGCGACCCAAUCGCAUUGUGCCAGAGUACCGUACGAGCAGUACACGCCUCAGGUCAACGACGUGAGCACCUGGCGGAAGUAAUAGACGAUGGAAACAAGAAAGGGUGGUUCAAGUCAACUGAGGAUCCGACCGUGACUAUCCAAGUUAAGCAGGCGCAACUUGUCGCCGUCGAGCAUUUUCUUUCUUUGCCCAUCAAUAGAGAUCUUGCGAAACUUAGACUUACUUAUAUGGAAUGGGCUGUACUCCAGGAUUUUGAGAUCGUACUGGGUUACAGACAGACACUCAUGUCGAAAGAGCACACUCCCGUUUUAUCAGGCGCAAUUCCCGCCUUCGAAAUGUUCAUGACAGCAUGGGAGCAACUUGGGAGAGAUCACCCCUGCUUGGCCCGAUGGAUGGAUAUCGGUAUCCAGUGGGCGACAACUUACUACAAGAAAAUGGAUGAUUCGCCUGCCUACGUUAUCGCGAUAUUUCUCAAUCCCUCGAUACAAUUGUCAUGGAUUCGACGACACUGGGAGCCUAAUUAUGUUGCCAGGGCCAUCGUAAUUAUCAAGAAUACUAUGCGAAAAUACCAUGACCAUCUUCAUGGACAAGCUCAACAACCUACAUCUAGUACGGACUCACAGCAACAGAGGCGAAGCUGGCAUGAUUUAGCUGGACGAUAUGGGCUCGAAGAUAUGUUGGAGGUUUCGGGCGCUCCUUCGCCGUCGGGCCAAGGAGUUGAAGAACAGUUUGAGUUGUAUGGAAAUGGGACGGUCUCACCGCGUGGCACGGAUAUUAUAGGGUUUUGGGCAAUAAGCGAGGAAACCCAUCAAAUAUUGUACACGAUGGCAUUAGAUUACUUACCCAUUCAAGCAUCCUCGGUUCCUUCCGAGUGCGUUUUUUCAUCCAGUGCCGAAACUGAUACGAAGAGGCGAAAUCGAAUUCACCCUGUUCUAAUGGAGGCACUUCAAAUGUUGAAAUUUUCGCUCAAGCAGCAACGGCUUAACUUUACGGAGGGUUGGGCUGUUACAGAAGAUGAACUCGAAUACCAUGCAGAUGACAACGAAGAUUUAGCAGAUUUGUUAGGGAAGCUAACUUUGGAGAUUAGGGAGGAUGGUAUAGAUAUUGAUGAGGUAAUUCACGUUGUUGGACAGGAUGACGAUGAUUGA